AUGGCCAAAAAAGACAUCUACUACAAGAGUCACAGCGACGACGAGAAAGCCUGUGACAAAAUGCCAUCAAAAGCCAAUAUACCUCGAACGAUGCCCGUGGCUAAGGUUCCUGACGACACUGGCAUCUGGAGAGAUGCACCUAUCCUGAUUGGCAGCACCAAAUUUGAGCCGCUACCAGAUGUCAAAAACAUCAUGAUUACAGGAGGAGCCGGCUUCAUCGCGUGUUGGCUUGUCCGUCAUCUCACAUUGACAUACCCCGACGCGUAUAACAUUGUUUCGUUUGAUAAACUCGACUACUGUUCUGCUUUAAACAACACCAAGAUGCUGGAUGGUCGCAAAAACUUCACAUUUUACCACGGAGACAUCACAAACGCAGCCGACGUUAUGGACUGUCUCGUCACGCACAACAUCGAUACCGUUUUCCACUUUGCCGCACAAUCCCACGUCGACCUGAGCUUUGGAAACUCGUAUGCAUUCACACACACCAACGUCUACGGUACACAUGUCUUGCUAGAGAGCGCCAAGACAGUAGGCAUCAAGAAGUUUAUUCACAUCUCGACGGACGAAGUCUACGGCGAAGUCACCGAUGACGCCGAGGACCUUCUCGAAACGAGCAUUCUUGCCCCUACAAACCCCUACGCCGCGAGCAAAGCUGCCGCAGAGAUGCUUGUACAUUCAUACCAAAAGAGCUUCAAGUUGCCCAUCAUCACCGUCCGCAGCAACAAUGUCUAUGGACCCCACCAGUAUCCCGAAAAAAUCAUCCCCAAGUUCAGCUGCCUCCUGCAGCGCGGUCAGCCCGUCAUGCUCCACGGAGACGGCACACCCACUCGCCGAUACCUGUACGCAGGCGACGCCGCGGACGCGUUUGAUACGAUCCUGCACAAAGGUGUGGUACACCAAAUCUACAAUGUCGGCUCCAACGAUGAAAUCUCCAACAUGACUCUCUGCCAUAAGCUGCUCACCUAUCUCAAUAUUCCACACAAGACCCACGAGCAGCUGCACCAGUGGGUCAAGCACACGCAAGACCGGCCGUUCAAUGACCACCGGUACGCCGUAGAUGGCACGAAGCUACGUCAACUCGGCUGGGACCAGAAGACAAGUUUUGCCGAUGGGCUUGCUAUUACGGUGGACUGGUACGGCCGCUUUGGCGAGACCUGGUGGGGGGACAUUACGCAGGUGCUGACGCCGUUUGCUGCGACGCCAGAGUCGGAGUCGGAGCCUGAAGCAGAGGCUGGCUGGACACCGACGAAGCGAAAGGCGGAUGAGGACGGCGUUUUGCUAGAAGAUACAGGGCACAAUGCCCAAGGGAGCUGCAGCGGCAAAAACGGAUCGUCGCCAGCACCCAAGGGGUGGGACAUGCUCGGUAGUGAGAAUGGCGAGGGGCCGCUGGCGAAACGACGCAAGAUGAUGGGGCAGCAGCAGCAGGUCAAUGGGGUGUGCUGUUAG